GUAAAAUCAUGGAUCAACGAAUGCAAAACCUCUCACAGCGAGUGCUCAGAGCAAAGACUAAGCUAUAUGCCUACCCGAUUGCUCCAUGUGGCGCACAAGGAUUCCCCAUCUGUCAAGCUCAGUAUCUUAUCUGGGAACGAACGCCAUCAGUAUGCCGCGCUUUCUUAUUGCUGGGGAAGCGCUCAUUCCUUCACGACUACGAUAGCUUCAAUGAAAAGGCAUAUCGGUGGCAUAGAUAUCUCGGACUUACCUCAGACUUUCCAAGAUGCCGUCCUUGUGGUUCGACUGCUAGGAAUUCGAUUCCUUUGGAUGGAUGAUGUGAUCGAGAAGCUAUCCCACAUGCUGUACUACUAUCAAAAUGCAUUAAUUGUGGUAGCUGCAUCGAAAGCAAAGAACGUUACGCAAGGCUUUCUAGAUUGUCGUCGGGUUGACAAUACUAGCAGCCAAACCACUUUAACGGGAGAUGAGCACGAGGGUCCACCAGCAAAAGUUCCGCUCUUUGACCUGAAUGGCUUCCGAGGCAGCAUUUUCUUGCGACUGGAUCGCCCUCCUCAAGAAUAUGACAGCGAUCCUAUUAACCGUAGAGCUUGGACAUUCCAGGAACACCUCUUGUGCCCACGCGUUCUCAGCUUCCCAUCAACUGGAGGUUAU